CUGCUUUCACUAUAGUUGCAACGCUGUUGCAGGUGAGGAAAGAAGACGGAGUCUCGGAGAGGAGAAAUUAAGAAAAAAUUUUCUGUUAACAAAGAUGGCGUCCAACGAUGACAGUCCAACAAGUCUUCAUGGCCAGCCUUGGUCUGUUUGGGCUGAUAGAUUAGGGAGAGAUAGUCCAUUAAGUGACACAGAUGAACAAUCCAAAGUCAAUCAGAAAAAAGAAGGCGACGCCAUGAAAUUGCCGAAGCAAGAUAUGUUAUUCUUUGGGCUCUGUCCUGUCAGAGAUGAAUUCUACCUCGUAACCUGUAACUAUUGUCAAAGGGUGUGCACACCUCAGGGAUUGAAAAAUCAUAUAGAGUUGAAACAUGCUCAAGAAUGGACCAACUGUCAGUUGCCAGAAUCCAUGGACAACUGUGUUCACCCCUCAGCGUCAGCCCCAGUAGGCAACUCAGCAAAAGCAAAAGCAGCCAAGAAGGCAGCCACUGGGCAGCCAGCCAUGCCCAAUUCGCUGGCCUACCUGCUUGCCACUCCAGCUGCCCCACUCAAGCAACGUGGAGCUGGGAGCAGCAGUGCUAGUAAAAGAGUUGCCGCCAAUAAACCACCAGCAGCUGCCGCAGCCUCCGCAGUCUUGAACGUCGUCUCUCACGGGCCGGCCAGCAGCAAGAUACCAGCUCCGGUCGCAUCGGCAUUGAUUGGCACACCUUAUGACAAAAUCCCUUCGCCUCAACAACCGCCUCCUGUACAAUUCUCUCCCAUGCAGCCAACGUUGACUGCACCUUCACCUGUCUCGCCCCUGACGGCGAAUGCCGGCGUCAUGACGCCAUCACCUGCCAUAACAAUGACCGUUGCAGUUGAUUCGUCGGGCAAUCAAACGGUGCAAAUUCAUUUGCCUGAAAUUGGCAAUGGCGUCAUGUUGGCCGACAGUCCAGCGGAUUUGGGAGCUUCGGCUUCCAAUGCAGGUGGCGGCUCUUCCGUUCUGCUCAACAGAUCAGGCAAGAAGCAGCGGAAGACAUCCAAAUCGGAUCGACGGAUGCUUCCGGUCAAGGAGCGCGAGUUGGACUUGGAGAAGCAUUGCGGAGUCUGGAUGAGCGAUUUGAACCGGGCCUGCACUCGCUCUCUCACCUGUAAGGCGCAUUCGUUGACACUUCGACGGGCCGUUCAGGGACGGAGUCGCUCCUUUGAUGACCUCCUGGCAGAACAUCGUGCAGUUAAAGAGUUGGUCAUCAAGCAGUUGAAGGAUGGAGCUAGUCUUCCUGCUGGAGCGGCCCUUCAGCCCGUUGCCAAAGUCCCGCCCAUUGUUGGAGCCUGUCAAGCAUCAGCGGUGCCCAAACUGGGACGGCCUCCUCUAGCCCGUCCACCACCUGCGAAGAAACUGUUGACUUCUCUCCUUCAGACACAACCGCAAUCCGUUGGGAGUGAACUCUCGGUAGAAGUACUUCCACUUACGGAAUCACAGAACUCUCAGCAGCUUCCGUCUUCCGGACUUCUCCAGCGAGCCUUCCCUUCCACGGUGAUGCCGGCAGUUAGUUUGACAUUCACCCCACAUCAUCCCAAGCCUCUGGCCGUCUGUUCGUUCGGACUGCGCCGUCAGGUAUCUCGGGCAGGAGUUGCUCCCGAUCGAAAAUGGGAUUUCCUUCGUUCAACAGUGCGUUCGACGCUUCAACGAUCAGCUGCCAAAUCAAUGGUCCGUUCAGUUGCAACAGCUUCAGGUGCCGUUGGCCUUCAGAGUCUUUUGCGGCCUUCGAUUGUCCAGCCAGCCAGUGGCCACCAUCUCCUGUCGCACGAGAACAGUAGCAUUGAGCUGCCCAAUGGAUUGCAGCUGUCAAUUGGGGUCCAACCAGAGGGACACAAUCACCACCAUCAUCGGGUUCGUUUCAAGAAGAGUCUUCUGAAUGGCGUGACGGGCGGGCAUCCGACAGAGCAAGUGGACGAUGAUCUGAUGGAAGGUUUCGACGGAUUGGUCGGCGAAGAUGGCGUACUGACUUUCCUCAACCAGAGCAACGAGGGAACAGCUGCACUGAGCCUCAUGGCCGAUCUUUCUGCUGGUAAUAUCACUUUUUCCGAGUUAAAUCAUCAAGCCGGCGGAGGUGGAGUAGUUGGAGGAGGAAAUGUUUCCGCCGGCCCACGACUUCAUUCAGCCUCUACAUCAAUGAUUCUUCAACUCGAUCCAGGUGAUCCAAUGUGACACUGGAAACCGGCGCCACGUCAUCCUCUCUCUCUUGUCUCCUGACUUGAAUGAGGCUGUCCUAUCGCGACGGCCCAUUAUUUUGUUGUUGUAUGGUGCAGUUCCCGCUAUUCAUAACUCUACUAUACCACCAGUACUACUACGAUAGCUACAUCUAUAUCUUUUUGAAACAAAUACUCGGCCCAGUCUUCGACGAUUCAUUCACUCUUCUUUCAUUUAUCCUUACAGACUAGUUAUUGUCGAUGGUUGAAAACUAGAAAAAGGAUUUGGGGAAAAAAAGUUUAGUCAGGAUUUGUUUAUGUGUGUUUAUCGGGGGAUUGAGAACAACGUGUUUUCUACCGUUAGCUUUUGGAACUUGAUCCGUUGGGUAGGUUCAGUUUCAAAUAGGUGCGCGCUCUUUUCUAAUUUUUCUUUAUUUUUUGUAAAUCGUGCGCACGAUUCCGACUUUUCAAAGAAAAAUUUGCUUGUUCCGACAUUUGUUGAUGUAAAACAAGACGGUCGGUUCGGCGAAGCUGUUAAAGAAAUUGCAAGUAGAUUAAAAAAACAAAAAACAUUUUUUGAUGAAACAAAAAAGAAACCAUCGACAGUUGGUGCGCUCAAGACAUUUUUUUCCUUCCUCAAAAGAAGAAAAAAUCUACAAAUGCCAAUUUGUUGCGAUGAUUGUGUGUGUGUGUGUUUUCUCUUUUUCCGCCAUUAUUAUCCCCCCACCACACUUCCCAUUUGUUCUCUCGUUGUAAUAUGGGCCCGUUUGCUCAGAAUGCCUCUGAUCUCUCUUUUCCCCCCUUAACUUUUUCUCUUGAUUUAUUACCUUGGGAUUGACGGACGGGCGAAAAGCCAACGAUAACCAACCCCCCCCCCCCCCCCUCCCACUAUUUAGUUCAUUUCACGGGGCUUCCAGAAGAAGACAAGCAGAAAAGAAGAAAGAACGAUCAUAAUAUACAGGGUCACCCAUUUUUUUUUUUCUUAUUAAAAUUUAAAAAAAUUACAAAAUGCAAAAAAAAAAAAAUUGAUUAAUUAAUAAGAUGUGAAACUCUUCUUAAUUUCCACCCUCCCGCUCUUUCUUGAAUGUAUUUCAUGUUUUCUCGUGCCUUUGGUGUUUUCGAUACUGCGUAUUGACAAAUACUCUGGGCGGCUCCAUACUCCAUACUUAGGUAAAAAGCCCUUUGAAAAGUAAAAGUGGAAAACAUCAAAACACACGACUUUAUUAUUUAAAAUAUUCUUACUAUUCUCGAAAAAACAUUUCCCCCCCUUCAUCUUUAUCCUACAGAAAGAUAACAGAAAAAUAAGCUGUCGCUGUGAUGUGGAUUUACCAUUGUAGUAUUUAUAUAUAUUUCUUUUGCCUUUUGUGUAUGUGUGUGUGUGGUGCGUCCUUGUGUGUGUCCGACCGUACCCCCCCCCCCUUCUUUGUUUUCGGUCUAUUGAUCGUGUUGACCGGGGAAAAUAAUCCAAUGGUCCACCUUUUCUUUUUUCACGAUUUCCCUUAAUAUUCAAUUUAAUUUAUUGGUGUUGAAUGGUCCCCAUCCCCUUUUCUAUUUGACUAUAUAAAAGUGAAUGAUGAUGAUGAUGGAAACCGUGUUUUGACUUGUCAGUGAGUGGACUACUACACUCUCCAAGAAAAGCCAUAUGUCGACUCUGAGAGUUGGAGAAAAUAUACACAACUACCACGA